AUGGGUAUAUGUAUUAAUGUGUUACAAACAGCCGUUGGCAUUGACAGCGGCAAGGCUUUGCGUUGUUUAAGCGCUAAGUGGGGUGAGAAGGACAAAGCUGAAAAAGAAACUCAUAAACAAGUCAAAAAUAACACCACAGAUGCCAAUGCCGCCCUUGACAAAGUUAAUCCUAACCUUGAGGAUGAACUGACCGGAUUAGAUUUUGGGACGCACGCCUUACACAAAAUCCUUCAGCCCUCCACCAACUUCCUGUCUAACGCUUGGUGUUUCAAAAAAUUGAAAACCACUGCGGAACACCUACUGGACAAAACUUUAGCCAAGGUCAUUCAUUAG